GUUCAGUUCAAAGAGUCGCUAGAGAAUAUGCAUUUUCUUUCUGGGGUGUUGCUUUUUUUGGGGAUUAGCAUACCCAGUAUUCUGUCAGAGUUGUGCGAUAAUCUAACUGGAGAGUGCAAGGAGCUAUCUGCCACAGGGUGUCCAGAAGUCUUUUCCAAUCUGGCUUGGAUCGGACAAUCGGUAAAGUUUUGUGAUGAGGACAGGGGCAUAGUUUGCUGCCCAUUGCCUCUGAAUAGACAGCCUUUAUUCGUUUCCACCAACGAGAGACAAUUCGAAAGCGAAUGUAGACGCUUUAAUGAGAUUAGAACUUCCUGCCGCUCCACGCCGUUGAUUGUGGGUGGCACGAAAGCUUCCAGUCGGGAAUUCCCCUUCAUGGCCCUGCUGGGUCAACGUAAAAGCAACGCUUCCCGCAUCGACUGGGUCUGUGGCGGAACAUUAAUUCAUCCCAAGUUCGUGCUUACCGCUGCCCAUUGCCUGGAGACAACCGAGACCAAGGGCGAACGUCUGGACCCUAGCUUUGACUGUCCCAAGUUUGUGGUUAGACUUGGAGACCUGGACUACAACAGCGAAUCAGAUGAUGCCCAGCCCCAGGACUUUAGGUUAGUCAACUAUGUUGUUCAUCCCGGAUACGACGAGGACGAUGAUACUGGAAGCCGAAAAAACGACAUUGGCUUGCUGGAGCUGGACAGGAACGCAGUUUUGAACGAGUUCGUAGCCCCGGCAUGCCUGCCUCCUAGCAGGGGCAAUGAAAACCUCCUUGUGACGGCGGCUGGUUGGGGAGCCACAGCCGAGGGCGGGCCAACAUCCUCGCAUCUGAAUAAAGUCACCCUGGAACGGUUUGACGAAACGCUGUGCAGCCAGAGGAUAGAGCACAAGAUCGACACCCGGACACAGCUCUGUGCCGGAUCACGAUCUGGAAACGCCGACACGUGCUACGGGGACUCUGGUGGACCCGUCUUUGUGCAGCAUCCUAGAUUCGCCUGCCUCAAGCAGGUCAUUGGCAUCACUUCGUACGGCAUCGUGUGCGGUGUCCAGCAAUUGCCCAGUGUAUAUACGAGGGUGCAUCUAUACACUGACUGGAUCGAGAACAUUGUUUGGGGGGUAUAAAUGCCAUAGGUCCCCUUUCAGUUAAUUGCCGACAGUUUAUUGUUCAACUUUCGCAUCAUUAAUGUGAAAAUAA